AUGGUGCAACGACGCCACCAUAAUACGACGUCGCUACCACGGGAUUUGCGGAGUGAACUGGGGAUACGCGACACCUACGGCGAUCGGAAGCGCCGUCAAGCCGGGCCCUCAUCUCGCAAAGACCGCCGGCGGGUGGAGCGCGCGGAGAAGAAGUCUCGAAAGGCACCUCCGCCGAAUCGCAAGAAUGGGAAGCGAUACGAGGAAACUAUCAAGGAUGAUUUUGACUUAGACGAGGACGAAGAGCAGUCUGAGGAGGUGGAACACAAUACGCCAAAGACGAAAUCAAAAUCCGCCAAGACCACCCAGCAGCCAAAGCCGGCUAUGAAGAAGCGGCCUAUGCCAGAAGAGAUUGAUCUAGAUGAGGGGGAUGAUGACACUGAAGAGUCGGAAGAGGAAUCACAAGGGCUCCAUAUCUCGGCAACCGUCAAGUCUAAACUUGCGCAAGACGAUGCAGAAAUCGCGGCUUUGGAGAAAAAACUUGGUCUCAAAAAGGGCAAGAAACUCCCAAAAGCUUUUGAAGAGGAUGGAUUAAAUGACUUGCUUGGCGAUCUGGCUGAGGACUCGGAAGACGACAGUCGGAAGCGCAAACGGGAAGCUGAUGAUUGGCUACAAAGCAAGCGACAAAAGGCUCAAGCACUUCAAAUGGAAGGACGGGAUGAUGACGAGGAUGAUACGGAGAGCUCCGACGACGAUAUCGAUCUUGACGAGGAAGACUUUGGAAGUGAUUCUGAGGGUGACGAGGACAGUGAAGGCAGCGAGUUCGCCGGCUUUGACGAGAACGACAACAAGCAGCUUAAGAAACGAGAAAAUCCCUAUGUGGCACCUGUCACAAAGCCGCAAAGCAACCAGCCACAGAAAUAUGUCCCGCCAUCAUUGCGAGCGCGUGCUGAUCCGGAGACGGAGUCUCUUACUCGACUGAGACGCCAGGCGCAGGGUCAUCUGAAUAAAAUGUCCGAGGCAAACCUAAUUUCCAUUGUUUCCGAAUUCGAAAAACUUUACCGCGACUACCCUCGCCAGCAUGUUACGUCGACAAUUAUCGAUCUUCUCAUGGGUCUGAUCUGUGAAAGGUCUGCCCUUCAGGAUACAUUUCUCGUCCUCCAUGCGGGAUUCAUUGCGGCUCUAUACAAGCUUAUGGGAAUGGAUUUCGGUGCAGAGAUUGUACAAAAGAUUGUUGAGACCUUGGAUGCGAACGAGGACGACGGCGGGAAAUUCGAGGGGAAAGAGGUCAUCAAUCUGGUCUCUCUUCUCUCGCAACUGUAUAAUUUCCACGUCAUCGGCAGCCCGCUGAUGUUUGACUACAUCCGACUAUUUCUGCAAGAGAUUACGGAGACCAAUACCGAGCUCCUGCUAAAGGUCAUCCGAAACUCCGGCCCGCAGCUUCGACAGGACGAUCCAUCUGCUCUGAAGGAUAUUGUCUUGCUCAUUCAGCCUGCUGUGGCAAAGAUUGGUGAGGACAGCCUCUCCGUUCGCACGAAAUUUAUGAUCGAUAUCAUUACGGAUUUGAAAAACAACCGUGUGAAAUCCGGAAUUGGCGCGAACAUCACAUCAGAGCAUGUCACCAAGAUGCGCAAGAUUUUGGGGUCUCUGAACAACUCACGAGUAAUACGCGCGUCAGAGCCCAUCAACAUCACCCGCGCGGACAUUCAAAACUCUUCCAAGAAGGGUAAAUGGUGGCUGGUCGGUGCAAGCUGGAAAGAAGAUCCUUUGGUAUCUGCACGGCAAGAGCUGUCCGAUCUAACCCCAACCCAUCCCGAUGCUGUUGCCGAGGAAGACAGCGACCCCGAGCCCGAUCUUGCACAGCUUGCAAAGACCCACAGAAUGAACACUGAUGUUCGACGGUCGAUCUUCGUUGCCAUCAUGUCCGCCACAGACUACCAAGACGCCAAUGUCCGCCUUCUAAAGCUCCGGCUAAAGCGUGCUCAAGAGUUUGAAAUCCCGCGCGUGCUACUUCACUGCGCAAUGGAAGAAGAAGCACAUAACCCGUACUACACGCUUAUUGCACGCCGACUUUGCGGCGAAUCGGGCCGACGCAUCAAGGUCUCCUUCAUGUUCGCUCUCUGGAACAUAUUCAAGCGGAUGGGCGAGAAGAACGACCUGGAUGAUGAGGACGACGAUGGCGGCUUUGACGCUGACGAUGACGAGAACGCCAUCAGCAUGAAAUCUGUUGUCAAUCUGGCCAAGAUGUUCGGCAUUCUCAUUGCCGACGGGACCCUGACGCUCAACAUCCUGAAGAACCUCAAUUUUGCCUAUCUGCAGCUCAAGACGAAAAAUUUUGUGGAGUUAUUGAUUAUCACUAUCAUCCAACAAUCCCAAAAGUCUAAGCGUACUUCGAAGAAAAGAUCGAAAAAGACAGACGCUGACGAUGCCAAGGAUGAGGAGGCUCUUAUGCAAAUUUUCUUGCGCGUUCAGGACUCGCCACACAUUGCCAAGGGGCUGAUUUUCUUUGUGCGCAAGGUUGUUGCUAAGACGGACAUUGUAUCUCCGGAGGAGCAGAAGUUGGUGCGAUGGGGUUGCAAUGUCGCGGUGGAUGCGCUAAAGGCUAUCUCGGGUUGA